GUCGUUGUGCUUGUGCAUCAGCAGCGCAGCGGCAGAGCAACAAGCGCGAGCGAGACAGCGCAUCCUACGUCACGCGCGCACACACACAGACACCGGUCCGUCGAGGACGUCGAGGUGCGCUGUGUGCUCUCAUCGCGCAAUACACAGCACUGCAGCAGUAGCCGCUCAGUCGCCUCUCCUCCGUCGCAGUGCGCGCAUAUAUAUAUAUAUAUACAGUACCUAUAGGUGUCCCGCUCGGCCUCGCGAUUCGCGAUCUCGUGUGUGCACGCGUGUGGGUGUGCGUGUGUAGAUAAAAAAAGGGUUAGAGUAGAGUCGCGAGGACGACGGGGCUGCAGCAGCUCGUACUGUCUCGUCUGCGGAGAAACAACAAUAACCGGACGACAAGUAGCAGCAGUUACAGGGACGACUGCUGUCUUCCGCGGCUGUGUGCACAGCUUCCUCUCGUCGCUUCCUUUUAUGCGGCGCGUAACGGCGACAGCGCUACUACUACAACUUCCCCAAAGAGCAGUGGCGACGAGUCUUCUUAUAACGACUCGACUUCGAGCGCUGCCACUGCCAGUAGUAGUAGUAGUAGUAGCUGCUGCAGCGGCGGCCCGCGACCUGCACGACGACGACGAGCCUCGCCGAGAUCGUUGCUACCCGCCACGAUGAGCUUCCUCUUUGGAAGCCGUUCUUCAAAGACAUUCAAACCGAAGAAGAAUAUUCCAGAAGGAACUCAUCAAUAUGACUUGAUGAAACAUGCGGCAGCCACACUGGGAUCUGGGAACCUUCGUCUGGCUGUCAUGCUUCCUGAAGGAGAAGACCUAAAUGAAUGGGUUGCAGUCAAUACUGUUGAUUUCUUCAAUCAGAUAAACAUGUUAUAUGGAACCAUUACUGAAUUUUGCACAGAAGACAGUUGUCCGAUUAUGUCAGCUGGGCCAAAGUAUGAAUAUCACUGGGCUGAUGGGCACACUGUAAAAAAGCCAAUAAAGUGUUCAGCUCCGAAGUACAUUGAUUAUCUGAUGACAUGGGUGCAAGACCAGCUAGAUGAUGAAACACUAUUUCCUUCAAAAAUUGGUGUACCUUUUCCUAAGAACUUUCUUUCAAUAGCAAAAACAAUAUUGAAGCGGCUUUUCAGAGUUUAUGCGCACAUCUAUCAUCAGCAUUUCAGCGAAGUAGUUCAACUUGGCGAGGAGGCACAUUUGAAUACUUCUUUCAAACAUUUUAUUUUCUUUGUUCAGGAGUUUAAUUUGAUUGAACGGAGGGAGCUGGCUCCCCUCCAGGAGCUUAUAGAAAAGUUAACAGCAAAAGAGGCACGAUGAACGUCCGUCAAUGCUGGGUGAAUAACAACAACAGCAAAAAAAAGAAGAAUUAAGGAAGAGCGAAGCACUGUGAAACCCCUCCAAAGAAUCUCUCAUCCGCGCGCGCGUUCUGCCUAUCACCGCCACGUUAUUCUAACUAACGACUUAUUCUUGACACGUACGUGUAUAGCUGUCGUUUACAGUUCUGUAGCAUUUCGUCCAUUGACGAAGUUUAAUGGUUCCAUUCGUUUCGUAAUUUUUCCCUGCUAAUAAAUAUAUAGUUAUUUUCGUUCGUAUCGCGUCGAUGCUUCGAAGUGCACGUGUAUCCAAUGCAAGUAGCAGCAGCUUUCAAGUAUUUUCCAAGUGCUUCACGCAAGUCAAAUUCUUCGGAAGCUGUCAACCAAGAAAGAAUCGCUUGUGCAAAGCUUAUAUAAGAAUUUUUCGUAUGAGUUUUGCCACUGCGUUAACAGAGAAAGUGAAAUCACCAAUGAGAUGAACUGGCUAAGAGUAUAAAAAUAAGUGAUUGUUGUUGAGUGGGACUUGCACGUUAUACGAAGGCGAGAUUAAGAAUAGAGCGACAAGUGAAAUAUUGGCGAUUGUGUUUGCUCCAAAGAACGGAGAUGAAGAUAGUCUCAAAGAUGCAUUUUUCAUAAUGCAUUUUUUUCUUUAUUUCUUUUCUACGCAUUUUUUCUUUUUCCUAUUCGCGUUAACUGCCGUCUUAGUUUCAUAUUUCAGUGACACUUGCGAGCUUUUACAUAAAGCAUAAAAUAAUUUCAAGACUUUUCGCACAUGACAAGUAGUAUGUGACCAGAUGAAAUUCUUAGAAAUUUCAACUCAUUGAUAGACAAAUGAUUUUCAGACAUUUUAGAUUUUUUGUUUUGAUAAGCGCCGUUAUAUUUUCAAAUUUUCAGUCAUCUUACUGACUGUGAUACACAAAAUAAUAAACACUUAGAAAGCAAAGCAUUUUUAUUGCACAGUUUUAGCACAAUGAAAAUGAUUCUCUUUCUACGUUUUAUAUGUAGUGGAAUGAUUGUAAAUUUGUUAGAAUAACGGUUGUAUUUAUUAAGUUACGGAAAUUGAACGAUCGUUUAAAAAGAGCCGGAUAAUACUUCAUUUUAUUCUUUUAGUUUAAAUACUGCUAAUUUAUUUUUGCACAAGAGCUUACUUCUUGAGAACUUGAGUUGAGACAGACUAAAGGUCAUCAAUCUUUGACUAUGUCGCUAUUCUUUUAUUUUUCCUAUAAACUUGUCGAAACAGUGUUUGGUAUAAUAAGGGUAUUAGGAUAGCGUGUUACUAUUAUAUUAUUUCACAAUCUUAUUACUCAACUUUUUAUAUAAAAAGUGCUGUUCAGUGCUUCGUUACUUUUCAUUUGUCUGAAAACUGCUUCUUUUUUUUUAAAUUACAUUUAGAAAUAGUGUGUGCGUCGGUAAAAUGUAAAUGAUGAUUUCUACACAGACAUUAUUUUUUUAGUAUUUAUUUGUUGAAAUUAUUGCAAAGUAACUAACUGCAAGGCUAAUCGUGAGUAAACGAUUAAAGCAAAAUGUGUUCUUACAUUGGUAUAAUUAUUUACAUUUUUACGAAGAUAUUCAAUGUUUUGUUCGCAUUUUUUUAGGACGCAUACACGAAACGUGCUUGUAAAAUUUCGUUCUAUGUACAUACACGCGUAUAUAUAAAUAAUAUAGACUAUAAAGAGCAUGACAUUAAUUUUAAAGUUAGAGAGAGAUGUUCGUUGAGGAAAAUAAGUACCCGAAGUACUGAACAUUGAGCAUAGUCAUUGUCUCUCGAAGAUUUUCAAAACACUGCGAAAUUUAUAACAAAACUGUCCAUCAUAAUCUGUAUUUUACAUUACACGUGACUGACAAUUCGUUGAUCUACGUCAAAUCGAAAAAAUAAUGUUAUCGGGUGCUCUUGUAACGAUUUCGUAAUAGCAUUAUUUCAUCAAUGUAAUAGAGGCUUGUGUACGUCACAGUACGAGUGCGUUUAUUAAAUCGACGUCUCUCCUUAACUUGGAGACUGUAGCGAGUCGCUUUUUAGAAAGGCGAUAAUGCCUUUAAGAAAAAACUCGUCGAUCAUGUAUUUAGGGCUCAGUAGAGCUUUUAAUCAAUUUUGUCGCUGGGCGUAUGGCUCACAUACUUUUUUUAUAAUUAUUAUUUUUUACAAGAUUAUAUACGGAAUCGAAAAAUAGCAGGAGAUUGAGAAACGAUUCUUCGUUCAGACUCGAUUAAUGUAUGUGUAUACCGAAGGGGCUGUUGACGAUAUUGCAGUUCCAUCGGGGUGUUGUUGCCUUAAAAGAGGACCACUGAGAGAUUCGUUUCCCAGUCUUUAGACAUAAAAUAAAAAUCAUGGAUCCAAAUAUUUUGAGAAAAUAACUUAUUAACUCCGAUCAGAGUUAGUAUAAUGAAAGACAAUUUCACAACAAAACUAUUUUCUCGAACGUUUGCUUAUAGUACAUUACGAUACGUGUGACUUAAAUCAUAAAUGGUUCUUUUUCACACGGCGCAGUUAGCACCCGAGCGUAGCGAGGGCGCUAAACGCCGUGUAAAACUGAACCAUUUAAGUCAAGAGUAUCGUAUAGAAUUUUAUAGCACAGACUGCUAAAAUCCGCAAGUCUUGCCUAUUCGUAACUAAAGUAGUCCUUACUUGCACCGCGAGGUUAGCGCACGAGCGUAGCGAGUGUGAUAAACACGGUGCAAAAAAGGACUACUUUAGUCACAGAUAGGCGUGACUUAACAGCGGAUUUUAGCCACACUGUGCUAUACAAAAUAUUUUAUGCUCAAAUUUAUUUAUACUUCAAAAUCAACUCCAACGUUAUUGAUUUUUCAAAAAAUACUCUUCAUAGAAUCGCAAUUUUAUUAGCUAAAUAAAAAAAUAAUUCCAAUUACUAAUAAAUAUUUACGUCGAUCGUCUAUUUAUUUUGUGCAUUGCAAGUCGUAUUUAUCGUUUUGCUACUUAUUUUGUUUCUCCACGUUAUUAUUUUCGUCUUUUUACCUCUCGAAAAAUCAUGUUACGAGUCGCGACUAGCUUCGAAAAAAGGGAGAAAAAGGGGAAUGUCUAUCGUUUUUUAUCGAUUAGCAAACAUUCACCCUCAGUACUUAAGAGCAUAAAGAGGAAGGGAGCAAAGGAAAAAGAAGAAAAAACGCGAGACAGGAAUUCGAGCGUCACAUAAGCGUUGGCCGCUUAAGUUCAUUGUACGGCGAAAUUCGGGUUCAACGAUGAUGGUUUUACAAAAAAAUUCUUUACUCUUAAUAUUUUUGAUGAUGCAAAUGUAUUUUAUUUGCAGUAAUAAUAUGCUUGUUCAAUGAAUCUUUACACGCUUGAUAAGCGAAUUGAAAAAGCAAAAACCAUGUUGUCAAAGCCGAAUGAUCGCCGCUAAAUCCUUCGUAUUCUCAUUGCUGUUUCGAAUCUAGCGCUUUUACUGUCAAUAACUCUUGUUACGAGUCAAAAGUAAAAUAAAAAAAGAGAACUGAGACAAAAAUUUGACGGAAUAAAAGCGAAGUCGUGUGUGUACGAUCUGACGCGUGUAUUUUUCUCAGCCGUCAAACGUCUAUAUUUUUCAAUAACGAUGAAGCGUAAUUGUUAAGGAAGUAUAAGCAGAGAUACAAAAAAAAACAAACAAAUGUCGAUGAGGAAACCUAUAUGUGAUCAUCUCUUUGAGAAGCCGAGCGAUUAAAAAAAAAAAACAAAGUAAGAAAUAAUGAAAUGCGAAAAUAUUGUAAGCGCGAGAAUAAAAGAUGUGCGAAGCAGUGAGGAAAGUUGUGUCUCUUCGAUGAAAAAAUAAUGACGUCGCAGGUCGUCGCGGCGCUGCUCCGGAGACCGCGCGCACGCGGCGAACGUAUCCGCAGUCCCGAAAGCGUCGCGCUCAAUCGAAACGUGUGCCAGAGGCUCUGGUGAUAAAUCUGUGCAAUGUAAAUAGUAUUUUUUCCAAAUAAACGAAAACUCGAUGUAAUCAUA